CAUAAAUCCAUCACAAUAAAUUGGUAACUUUCAAACCUUAAUGUAAUGACCAUAUCUGUGUCUUAUACAGCACCUGAUUAUUUGCCAAAAUAUGAUGUGAUACCAUUUAUGGUCAGAUUCUUGACUUUAAUGGGAAAUCUUUGCAGUGCGUUCACAGAGAGAUUUAUAUCUGGUUCAAAAGGUAUUAGAGUCAUCAAAACAUUAUCAAACUUACUGUAAAUCCAGCAAUAAAAUAUAAGAAUUUGAAACAGACACAAUAUUAACUUUAACUGUGUUUUAACUUCGUAUAAGAGUACCCAGCACCGCUGUGGGCUGGCUUACUCAGAAUGCUUUUUCAGUCAUAAUUCAUAGCAACUCAAAUGGACAAACUGUAAUUUGUCCAUUUAGGACGAAACCUGUUUGUCUCCCACAUUGAUUCUCAGAAGUUUUCAAACUGAUUCAAGCCACAAAUCCCAUUUGAUAAGGGACAAAAUAGAAUGUUGGAGAGUAAAAUAUAUAAUUCUGAAGGUCGUUGUUAUAUAUUCUGUUGCUGUAGUACUUCCAGUGAAUGAGAAAAAUAAACAUUUAACUCGCUCUGUCGGGGGGCUCCCUGGACCCAAGCUCAGGUCAACACAACUUAAUAUUAAUAUUCGGUCCUAUGCGGGAUGAGCCCCCCUCACUCAGCAUCCCAUCCCACCCCCUUUCCACUCACACACACACUCCUCUCCCGUUGACUCAGACACAUCAAAGACAGAGCUGAGGAGACAGAGCUGCACUUGUCCAGCACUGGACGGGACAGACAGCGGAGAUCAGGUCACAAAGUUCGGAGGAAGAUUAUAACCUUAUAAGUAGCCAACUCCUCCCGAUGACGAUAAAAGAGGAUCGUGAUUUUGUGCUUGAAGAGGUCAGAGGGGUUUCAUGACAACGCAUGAGCAACAGAGCGAGAUUUUAAAAUGGAAAUGGAACUUUUUCUCCAAACAAACCCACGGAACAUUAUUCUUACAGCAUCUUGGAUUGUGCUGUUCUAGGACUGAGCUUUAAACAUUCAUUGGCAGCAGUCCUACUAACUUAAAAAACUUCACAUUAUGGACUUCUCAGGAUCUUUGCCUCCACCUUCCCCUUACACCUUCCCCUUCACCCCCAAUGGCUCCUUGCCUUCCCCGUCUCCUUCCAUAUCUCCCUCACCCAGUCUGGCAUCCACAGCUCUUUUCUGCUCACUCCUCUCCCUCCUCUCCCUGCUGGGCAUCACAGGGAACCUGUACACUUUAGGCCUCCUUCUGAGGCGCAGGGGAAGCAGGAGAAGACGUGGAGCAGGGCCAACCUGCUGCCUCAUGAGAGUCCCGGUACCAUUCUGCCUUGCCAACUCCUCCUCCCCAUCCACCUCCCCCUUCUCCUCUUCUUCCUCCUCCUCCUCCUCUCUUCACCUCCAGGUGCUGAGCCUUGCUCUAGCUGAUCUGCUCUACCUUUUCACCGCUCCCUUCAUUGUGUAUGACAGCCUGGCAUCGGGCUGGGCCUUUGGUGAGGUGGGCUGCCGCCUCCUCCUGAGCCUGGACCUCCUCACCAUGCACGCCUCCAUCUUCACUCUCUCUGCCAUGAGUCUGGACCGCUACCGGGCUGUAGCUCACCCCCUGCACACCUCCUCCUCCAACUCCUCCGGCCUGCUGCGUGUAGGCCUGGCCUGGGGGCUGGCUGUGGCUCUUAGUCUGCCCAUGAUGAUCACCCUGCACCUGGAGGAUGGGGAGAACCAGGAGGGCCAGCUGUGUGUCCCAGCGUGGGAUGAGCAGAGCUCAAAAGCCUAUCUGAGUGUGCUGUUCUGCACCAGCAUCCUCGGCCCUGGGCUGGCCAUCGGGGCACUUUAUGCUACCCUGGGCAGGCUCUACUGGGUGUCUCAGACCCGGCCGGCCUGGGCCAGUGGGAGCAGCGCUGCUUGUCCUCCCCGUGCUCCCAAACCCAAAGUCCUGCUCCUCAUCCUGGGUAUCGUCCUGGCCUUCUGGGCCUGCUUUCUCCCUUUCUGGAUCUGGCAGCUGCUGCCUCUGUACCAGCCCGACAUGCUGCGGACAGUACCAGUGGGGACGCAGGUGACAGUGAAUCGCAUCCUCACAGGGUUGACCUAUGGUAACUCUUGCGUGAAUCCAUUCUUCUACACACUAUUGACUGGAAAACGAAGACGCAACCGGCAGACGCUGACAUCAGCAAAUCAGCUUUGCCGCAAGAGCAGUCCACUGCAGUAGUGCCGUGUCUCUGAGUGACUCAGAGAUACUAUGAGUGUAUACAUGUGUUUAAAUACCAGUGUGCAAAUGUAUGAUAAGUUACUGUACACAAGUGCUUCAUUUUACGACGAUUGAGUUAGACUUUGCAUCCAAACUAUGGAAACAGAACGAUACUAAGCAAAUGAUAGCACUUCGUAAAAAUGCUUUGUGAACAGAUAAAUUUCCUAUAAGGAGAUUCAAUGUUGAAAAUAUUUGGGUAUUUUCCAGUGUACAAAUAAUUUUUGAUGGACAAUAGCUCCUAUCAGGAGAUUAGAUGUGAAUUAUAUAUGGGUUAUUAAUUAUAAUUAAUUAUUUUUCCAAAACAUGGGUGGUCAUAUCAAAUAAUGUCUCUACUUGCUGUUGUAAACAAGUUUACAUAUUGAUAAUUUGGUUAUGUUUAAUUAAUAUUACAUUUGUGACAAUGGCAAUUUCACUUUUCACAUAGGUGGACACUACAGUAAUUACAUUGACCACAUCAUUUAACCCAAAUUGACAGUGGAUUUUUUAAUCUUUAUUUUGUAAACAGAAUUUGUGUCCUUCAAUCUCUGCAAAAUAUUACAGGAGGGACAGAGAUUAUUAAGCAUUUCUAGUAAAGUCCUGAUGCGCUUUUUUUCAGAGAACUUCAAAGAAUAAAAUAUUUGUUUUUACAAUUGGUUGUAACUGGUCAGGACCUUGAGACAUUUUUCGGAGACACUGUUUGUUGACAUAUGUAACAGUCUUUUUCUGAUUCCCCUGAGCCCUGACAUAUCGAAAACAAUUCCCUUUUUAAUAAUCAUGACCUGCAUGUUGGGUUUGAAAAUGUACUUACUAUAAUGAAACAUGUAUUAUUUUAAACGGCCUCGCCUUGCGUUGACUGUAACUGAUGUUAAUGAUAAUGCAUAAUAUGCAGCCUUGAAUAAAGACUAUGCUUUCUGUGA